AAAUGGGAUGAAAUGAAAGUGUAUUAAAUAAAUUUCCCCUUCAUUUAUCAAUAUUUUCUGUAAUAUAAUUAAUGAUAUUCACAAUUUAUAAAUAACGUUAUGAAAUUAUUACGAUAACUUGUAUGAAAUUGAUGCUUACAUUAAACAAAGAUCAUUUUGUACUAUCAUAUUCAAGUUAAAUAUUAUACGGCGUAAAGAUUACGUUAUUUCCUCAACGAAUUUGAUGGUAUUAGCAAAUAGUUAACAUAUUCUAUUGCAUCAUAUAUAUAGAAGAUUUGCAUUAUGGAAUUGCCAAAAAGAGUUUUGUCUAUUCAAAGUCAUGUAGUCAGUGGUUAUGUAGGGAACAAAAGUGCCGUUUUCCCUUUACAAGUUAUGGGAUUUGAAGUUGAUGCCAUCAAUUCUGUUCAACUUUCAAAUCAUACCGGUUAUAAAUUGUUUUAUGGUCAAGUGUUGAAUGAACAAAACCUAAUGGAAUUAGUGUCUGGUCUUGUUGAAAACGAUAUACACUUUUACUCUCAUUUGUUGACUGGUUAUAUUGGAUGUCCAAAAUUUCUAUCAAAAGUGGCUGAAGUUUAUAAAAUUUUAAAAGAAAAAAACCCUAAUUUAAUAUUUGUUUGUGAUCCAGUAUUGGGUGAUAACAAAAAAAUGUAUGUACCUGAAGAAAUGUUGGAUGUUUAUAAAAAUGAAAUAAUAUUUUUAACUGAUAUAAUUACUCCCAAUGAAUAUGAACUUGAAUUGUUAUCUGGUAAAAUUAUUAAUACUGUAAAAGAUAUAAAUGAGGCCAUUACAAUAUUACAAAACUUGGGUUGUAAAACUGUGGUAGUUUCUUCAUUCAAUCAUAGUGAAACUAAUUUGAAGUCAGUUGGAAAAAGUAUUUUUAGUGAAAAUAUUGUAGAAAUUGACAUACCUUACAUCAAGUAUUCAUUUAUUGGUACUGGUGAUUUGUUUGCUGCUUUAUUAUUACUAUGGAUGUCAUUAAAUAAUAAUAAUUUGAAAGAAUCUAUGGAAAAAACUAUUGCUACUAUUCAGGCUGUUCUAAAACGUACUGUUCAUUAUAUAAUACAAGCUAAUCCAAAGAACUUUAUGUUUAACAAAGAACUUAAAUUAAUUCAAAGUAUUAGUGAUAUUCAAAACCCAAAUGUUACAAUUUUUGGAAAAUUAGUUUAAUUUAAAGUAUUGUUUCCUUUAUAACAUACAUUUUUUAGUCUUAUAUAAUGAUUUUAUUUUUGUUCAUUAGUGAGAAAUUUUGUAAUUUGGAAUUAUCAAUAAUAGUCA